AUUAUGUGUUGCUGUUGUUGUUUUGAGUUAGGUACUUUAUUCUAGUCUAUAAUAGUGAACAGUCAGUUCGUUAGAAAAUAAUAAUUAUUAGACGCUCUAAUAACUAAGAAGAAGAUCAUUAUCUAUUGUUAAAAUGAGUUGUACACACUGCGAACAAAUUGCAAAAUAUAAAUGCCCCGUGUGCAGAAUGCCAUAUUGCUCAGUGCCGUGUUAUAAAAUUCACAAAGAAAUUCCUUGUAGUCCGCCACAAGAGGCACCUAAGGAAACAUGUUAUUCAAAUACUAAAGAAAUAGAGUAUGAUUAUCCUACAGAAGACACAGUGCCAGUUGAAAAAUUAAAACUAUUAGAGCAGUCAACGGAAUUGAAGAAAUGUUUAGAAAAUCCUCAUGUGAGAGAGAUAUUAGAGUUACUAGACCAUUCUCCAUAUCCAGAUGAAUUGAUGAAGAAAUACAUGCAGGAGCCUAUAUUCACUGAAUUUGUUGAUGCAUGUUUGAAAGUCGUGCAACCACAGAGUGAUAAUGAUAAAUAAAUUAUGCAA